ACCGGGCCGCAUUCUGGUUGCCACAGUCACCGUUUGGGAGUUGCCAUGACGACGGUCUGGCAGUUGCCAGUGAAAACAUUGGGCCAAGUCGUUGCAGGCGGCGCAGAACCCUGAUCUCAGCGGCUCCAGGUGUUGCAAGCAUUUGGGAAGGCAAAAGUUCCAGAUUAAUCUAUCAUCAACUGAAGGAGAAUAAUGAAUGACUGUAAAAUCAUUGACCAAUCUGGACAAUUGAAACCGAUGUCAUAUAUGAAAGAAGAAAAUUCUAAUAAUAAACAACGGGAAACUUCACUGAUGCCUGGUCUUGGCUACAUGACAACUGGCGAGGAAAGAUUCCGAGGACGCCGUAAUGUUAUUUUUGAUUCUGAUUCUGACUACGUGAAAUUGGCAAAGAGAGGGGGUCUGCCAGAUUUAUUGACUUUUGGUGACUUGUCCCCAAAACCUGCAUGUGCUUCCUUCAGGAAACCUGAGUGGCUAACUUCUGAAUCUUCAUUCCAAGGAAACAAUCAGAUAAUCGAGAAGAAGUUUUCAGAUUCCAUGUCUCAAGACACAGUCCUAGAUGAACUAGAGGGCAGAAACUGCAAUCUUUCACCCAUUGAGGCAGCUGACCAACAAUUACGUGAGAAGGAAGAAAAUCAAGAAGACUCAGGAAGCAUUAAGUCAGGGACUCCUGAAAUUGGUAUUAGACGGCAGCGGGAUAGAAAUACGCCAUCUCAGCUUCAGAUGGAGGCUAUGACAUUGGGUACUGAAACAAAUCAGCAAAUGAUGCAGCUUGCCAUGCCAGUCAACCGAAUAAGUAAUAGAUUUACACGUAGAAAGGAACCACCAGUUAGCAUGCAGAAGCUGCUUAGUUUUGGCUAUGCUGAUGAUUGGUUUUCCGAACAUAAGGAUGUGAAAACCACCAAAGAGCAAAAUAUGGAUUCUGGAAGAGAAGAGUCAGAGCAAACAACAAAUAGAGAAGAGCAUUCAGUUGCUAUGAAAGAUGACGUUUUGCUUGAGGGAAAUCAGCCCACGUAUCGAGGAAAAAGGAUGACUGGCAUCAGAGGAUGUGGGAAGAACAAAGGUACUCCGGAAAACGACUCCUUCUUCAAAAUUUUUGGCGAGCACAGGCUUACAGAUAUUCCUGGGAAUGUGGAGAACCGUAUGCAGUCUGAAAUUGCUCUUGCGUGAAAAGUGACAGAAUCUGAUUGUAGAUAAUAAGUAAAUUAAUAUAAAAGUACUGCAUGUUUUUGAAAUACUGAAUUUUUUUUAUAGUUGUCAUUCUGAUUGAUGCUCAUAACUGAAUAAUACAUAAAUAUGAAUAACUAAUUCAAAUUCUGUGAUUUAAUAUCACCUACUUUUUUGAGCUGAAUACA